CCCAUUUUAUUAUAGAUAAAAAGUACAAAUUUUCCACAUAUUGAAAUUUUUAAUUAAAAUAAUUCGGAUCAGUAUUUCCGAUAACAUCACACUGGCAACGAAGUUCGACAUUGAUUAAAUUUUUAAAAUUAAAAGGUAAACAGUCGGCACAUUCUGGAACUGCGUUCGCUUAAUUGAGUAAUGUAAGAAGAACAGAAACAAGUAUUGAUGUAGUGGAUUAGUAUCAUGAAAGCAGAUCGAUUCCGUCCAGUUUUGUGCCUUCAGUAUCUCUUACUUGGGUUCGAUUUGUUUAUCAACUCAUUUGCUGACUUCUUUCGAGAUCCUGUUGUCACUGAGCUUAUUCUUUACAUAAUUCAAGAUGUUUGUAUCAUCUUCAGUAUCAUUAUUAUUUUUCUCAUGUUUUUCAAUACCUACAUUUUCCGUGCUGGUCUUGUAGGCAUACUGUUUUCUCGGUUCAAACUUGCUAUAGGUGUUUCACUUUUUUACUUGGCAUGUUCCAUUUCUCUUCACAUUUGGAUUUUGCAUCUGAGAUGGGAAGAUCCACACAAGUAUAUUUGGACCAAGGGGUUACUUAUACUCUAUGUAAUACAAAGAUCAGGAGCCGUUUUUUAUUAUUAUUUAUACAAGCGGACUGCUCUAAAAGUGGUUGACCCUCGUUACUAUGAAAACAGUGAGUGGCUUCAAAGAGAAAUAGCAAGCAGAUGAUAACAGACAGUAGGUUUGUGAUAACAACAAAAUAUAUAUAUAUAUAUAUAACUGUUUGUUAUGUGAAAAGGUCUAAACUAGUCUCACAAACAAUAAGGAAACAACUGUUAUGUCGACACACCACAGAAACACAAGACUGCACUAUCAUGAACAAGGCUGUUUUUUCCUUGCCAGUGUCAUAUUCUAGUAGAAUGUUUAUACAAAACUUUCUACCAUUGUGUGAUUUUUGUGGUGCAAUUAAAGAAAAAAACUAUGAAGUAUUUUAUAUAUAUAUGUCUUUUGUGUUGAAACCUUUCUCUUGAAAAAUUAGAAGAUUCAUUAUUAUCUCCAUAACUAUACCCGUGAUCUUAUCAAUUGAUAUUCCUUAAAAAGUUUUAAGCAUUAAUGAUGGAAAAAUAAAUAAAGAUAAGUUGAUCAUAUGAAGAAGUGUGAAAAAGAACAAGAAAAACUUCAGUAUCUAUAAUGUUACAGUUUUUCACUACUUGCUCAAAUGAACAGACAAAUGAAUUUUUUUCCUACCAUUAGGGACGCAAUGAACUUGGAAUUCACCAGGCUGAAUUAAUUAAUACCUGAAUUAAGAUAUUUCAUUAGUUUGAUGAAUAGAGAAAUUUUUCUACAUUGAUAUAAGAUAUUAAUAAUCACAUGAUGGUAAAUUAAUAAUUGUUUAUUUUAGGUCUCUCACUGCGUUUUAUACAGUACUGUAUAUAAGAACCAAAAGUGCAACUGUAAAGUAAGAAUUUAAUUAAUCUUGUGUAUUAUAAUCACACUAUCUUUCAAACUGUUCAGUCACAUGAACAUGAACCUCUUAGCAAAUGAAACAGUCAUGAUCAUAACUUUCAUUCAUAUACUUUGUAACAUUGAUCAUUAUAAAGUUUUAAAGUGUUUCUAUAGUCUUAACACACACUGAAUUAUGUAGCUAUAAAUUUAAAUACAGGCAUAAAUCUAAAGGAGCCACAAUACUUUCGUUUACAUUUUUAUAUUUUACUGGGUAUCUUAACUUAUUAAAGUUUUAUCAUGUUUAUAUAGAUAAAAGAGUAAUAAUGAAUAAAA